GACCCUGCGUUGUUGCCUUUUCGCUGUUCGAUAGCUAACAACGUAGCAGACCGGGAAUACCUUCAGAAGCCGACAAAAACGAGAGUCAAGCUGGUGUUGUUGUUGCCGUUGUUGGCUGGCUGUCUUAUCAGCAAACCGAACACACACACAACACUUUUCUCUGUUCAUUUUUUUGGAUAACUGCGGCAAGUUACAGACAAUUUUCGCUAGCUUCCAGCUCAGCUGCUCAGUCGCUCGACUGCUCAGCUGCUCAAUUGCUCACCUGUUCAGGCACUCAGCUGCUGAGCAUUCGGCUCAGUGCUUUGUGAGUGUUCGACGCCGACGUCGACGCCGCCGACAAAAAACGACGGCAGCAGCGCAAUCAGGUAUUUCUGCGAGGCGCAAACGCGACGUGAGAUCAAAGCGCCAACGACUAGCAACAGGUCCACGUCCUCGCCAUUAGAACUUAAACCCAAAUAAAAUAUAAAUUAAAAUCACAAUAUUCAAAUCAAUUAAAUUUAUGAAAUAAAUAAAGCGCAUUCGGAUCGAUUGAUUGGAAGUGAAUGUGUAGCGAAGCGAGGAUAAAAAAAGAUCGUGUGCCAAUCGAGCCGAGGUGACAAAGCAACUGUUCAAGUGUUUCAAAAUAUCAAAACAUGAGCAUUAUGCAAAUCGAAUAAAUUAAGUAAAGUGCUGACAAAAAAAAAAACAACAACAACAGAAACACAAUUUCUAGAAAAUGAAGCGACAGUUGAUAAAAUUAUUGCUCAUAACAUUCAUAUGCGGCAACGUACAAACGACUUUUGGCGCCGCCAAUGAUAGCAAUGUGGACGAGAACUGUCCAACGCUGGCCAAUGCGGACAGCCUACAAUAUACCGAGCUGAUCCAAAGAAUGACGCAUGUCUGCCGCUACGAUCGCUUGGAGCGGCCCAUAGAAUAUGACCAGAUAACGUCUAAGCGUCUGCCCAUUGUGGUCAAGCUGCGCAUCUAUGUAUACCUGCUGCAGAAUCUGAAUUCGGACCUGCUGCAGUUCAAGAUGCACGCCCUGCUGCAGCUGAGCUUCCAGGACAAGCGUCUGGCCUACAAGGAAUUCGCGCCGGAGCGACACGAAACGAUCUUGGGCCAGAAACAUUUGAGCGAACGACUCUGGCUGCCGCACAUCUUUUUUGCCAACGAACGAGAGUCCAGCAUCUUGGGCACCGAUGAGAAGGACGUGCUGACGUCCAUAUCGAGGGAUGGCAAUGUGAUAAUCUCGACACGCAUUCAAGCCUCGCUCUACUGUUGGAUGAACUUCAAGAAGUUCCCAUUCGAUCAGCAGUAUUGCUCCACUGUGCUGGAGAGCUGGAUGUACAACACCUCCGAUUUAUUGCUGGAAUGGGAGGAUCGUGCGCCCAUAUCCUUUGAUCCUGAUAUGCGACUCACUGAGUAUAAUCUGGGCCAGUAUUGGCAUAACACCUCCGUUGUGCUCUCCGAUGAGGUCAACAUGCGACAUGGCGCCUUCCAGGGCAACUAUAGCUCGCUUAGCUAUACUGUGAACUUGCAGCGUGAGAUUGGUUUCUACUUGCUGGACUACUACCUGCCCUCCAUGAUGAUUGUGGCCAUUUCAUGGGUAUCCUUCUGGCUGCAAGCUGAUGCUUCCCCUCCACGCAUAAUGUUGGGCACCAGCACCAUGUUGUCCUUCAUCACGUUGUCCUCAUCGCAGAGCAAAACUCUGCCGAAGGUCAGCUACAUUAAGGUGUCGGAAGUGUGGUUCAUUGGCUGCACCUUCUUCAUUUUCGGCAGCCUGGUGGAGUUCGCUUUCGUGAAUACGAUAUGGCGGCGCAAGGAGAAUAUCGAGCUGAAGAAAGUUAAUAGUAAAUAUAUUAUAAAAUCUACAUUGACGCCACGCCCCUCGCGACGACAGCUGGGCGGCAGUCUGAGCAACGAGUCCAGAGCGCGCUCCUGCUCCAGUUUGGACAAUAUUGUAUCCAGCACGGAGAGCGUGCGCAAUGGCAAUGGUACAGUUAAUCCUGGUUUCAACAACUAUCUAACUGUUCAUCCCAACUUGCCCAUCAUACGCACCGAAUGCGCCGAUACGCUCUCCGUAUGCAGCGCGCGCUCCACCAAUGAUCACAUUGUGGACAUCGAUAAGGAUAAGGAGAAGGAGAAAGAGAAGGAUGCGCCCACAUUUACAACCAUGACGCCGCAAGAGAUUGCCAUGUGGAUUGAUAGACGUUCCCGUCUGCUGUUUCCUGGCAUGUUUUUGGCUUUCAAUGCGCUUUACUGGAUUUUUGUGUACUGUUUUUAAGCCCAUAUACACACACACAUACACACACACAUUUAUAUAAGUGUGAAUUAUCAACGCAUGCAAACAUUUGUUGCCAUACGCUCAUAAUAAUUACGUUUAUUGUAAUAUGUAUAAAUUAGUUGUAAGCUGGAUCAUCUCAUAGUCAUAGUUGUACAUACAUCGCCCGAAUCGUAUAAAGACAAUCCAAAAAAAUAAAUAUUUUUAGUAUAAAAAAUCAGA